GUUUCUAAUAUUUUUGAUCCAUAUUUAUCAUUAUGCAAAGCGGUAAAUUCAUCACUGAACAAGAGAAAAAUUUAAAAAAAGAGACUCCACAUCACAAACAACAGGAACUAUGUGUGACAAGACCAGCUUAUCGUCAAGGAAGAAAACUAACUGCUGUCAAGGUUUAUACCGUAUCUUCAGAAUCUCAACAUUUGUUUGUAUAUGGAGUUCCGUCGAUAAAUCUUCGCUCUGAAUUGAAAUCUUUGUUUAAUAAAUAUGGAGAAAUUUCUACUAUUCAUGUGGUACCACAACAAAAAGUUGAAUUAUUCACUGAAUGCUAUCAUGUUCAUUAUAAACGAAUACAAUCUGCCCGAAUAGCUAAAAGAUUAGUUGAUACUAAAUCAUUUUACGGUGGAGUCUUACAUGUAUGUUAUGCUCCAGAAUAUGAAACACUAGAAGAAACUACCACAAAACUGCAACAACGUAAAAAAGAUGUUCUUGUUAGACUGAAAAAAUACAAUGCUGCAUUGUAUGAGAAAAAUACAGUUCCUAUUGAUCCAAAUGAAGUUCUCAUCAAUGCAAAUAAAAAUGGAAGUAUCGAACCUGAAACAUCUCGCAAGAGAAAAUGUAUAGAAAUUGAUGUACCACAAAUUUACAGUGAGGAAGAUCCUAUUUUAUCCCUCAAGAAGAAACAAAAGAAAAAUACUGAAGAGUACAUUGCAAAAUAUGCUUCACAAUGUCCAAAUAUGAAUGGUGGACUUAUCAACAGACCAAAUAUUUCAAAUAAUAGACACUCAAAAAAAUUUGUACCCUUGCCAUUAAGGUAUAAGGUUGAUUCUGAAGCUAAGGUAUAUGGUCCUCAAUUACCAAAGUGUUUAAUAGAUUCAAAUAAAAGUAUAAUACAAGGCAGUGAAGUGUGUACUCAGAAAAUAUCUGAAAGUAAGCCAGGAGGUUCAAAAGAUAAUGAUCGAAAUUGUAACCAGUACAAUAUAAGGAAAAUUUCAAAGAAUGUGGAAAAGAGAAUUAUUUUCCGAAAUAAAAUACAGAAUAAGAUAAGUUGAUGAAUCUAACUUGAGGAAAAAAGAUGUGAAAAUCUAAAAUAGAGAAUUUGAAAAAUCUGCUGAACAUUGACUAGAUAAACGUGUAACAAAUUAUCUCAAACAUUAUAAGUUUCAGAGAUAAGGUACAGAAAAAGAUGCUACUGUUUUGAAAAUGAUAAUCGACUAGAUUAACCUUAAGAGUAUAAUGAUUUUUCAAAGAAACACUCAUAUUGUGUGAUCUUGUAUAUUGUGUCAAUAAUAAAAAUUGAAUAAAAUUAUUUAUUCUCAA